UCAUUUAUUGUUAUACAUACAUGGUUAUUUAUUCUUGAAUAAAAAAUCAUACGAUCAUUCAAUCAUUGUAUUCAGUGAAUGGCAACGAAAAAAAAAAUUGGACUUUAUAUCGAUUCAAUCCUAUGGUUUCAUAUGACGAACAAUUCAAAAGAUCAUCAACAGUCAAAUAAAUCAUUUUUGUGUUAGUGGUGGCGGUUAUUGGUUAUGGUAGAGUAUUGUGGUCGAUUUGGAUCUCAAAUACAUAAUGAUGAUUUUGGUGCCGGUUUUGAAAGUUCCAUUUGAAAAAAGAAAUUGAGUUUUAUUAACAACAAAUACAACAAUAACAUUAUUGGUUAAAACCUUUGAAAUUGUUGUCUUGGAUACGUGAGUGAACAAUUAAGUUUUUUAUUCUGGUUUCUUGUAAACAUACAUAGUAAAGAAUAAAAUAAAAGUUACGUUUAUGCUACGGCCACGGCGUACAAAAAAAAAAUUUUUUUACUUUCCACUCUCUAUAAUCGUGCCACAUUAUUAUGAAAUGAGUAUAUGGAAGAAAAAGUUCAAAAAAAUAAUUUUUUUUCUUUUCCAUGUUGGGCCAAACAUAAGAAAUAACAACGUCAUAAUGGUUUAAUCAAGAAACAAAUACUGCAAAAUUUUCAACCCUAAUUGUAUAACGAAAGACAACAAAAAAGUCAUUACGAUUUGCACCAGUUCGGUUACGCUGAAAAAAGGUUGUCAUUUUAAAAGAAACCAAACAAAACAUUAAACAAAAAAAAAAUAAAAUGGCAACAUCAGCAAAUACGAAACGUCUAACAAAUCAAGUUGAAGAUGCAACUCGUACUUUAUGGGAUGAACCUCUUGUUCCGAUACCAGAUAAAAUUACUCGUGUAGAUUUUGGCGAUUUAACCAAUGCUACAGAUGAAGAAAUCGACGAUGUUGUCGAACUCGAUGAUCAUAAAAAUAAUAUCAUUAAAAAUGAUGCCAAUUUUAAUAAUAAUAAUAAUACUGAUAAUGGUCAACAUGAAUCAGAUGACAAUGAUAAUAUCGAUAUACAGCAUCAUGAUCGUCUACAUGAUAGCCGUAAAAAUGCGGCUGAACAAAUUCUUUGUAUCAAUUCAGGUCCAAUGUCAGAAGGAUUAUUGAAAGUGGCCACUCCUAGUUCAUUAAAUGACACGGCGAAAACAAUUUGUUAUUUUAUGUCUUGUCUUUUCAUUAUCGGAUUCCUAUUUAUCAUUGCAGGAAUAUUAUUGUACAUGGACUCACAAUCUGAGUAUAUCUUAACGGCCAUUGUUUCAUUCAUAUUUGGUAUCAUUAGUCUUGGUUCAUCCAUUGUGUAUUUUGUUGCAUAUUUUUUCAAUAAAUGUUCCAAAAGAAUUAAUCAAAUGGAACAGAAAAGAUAUAAAACUAAUCAACUACAGUCAUCAUCCUCAACAACAACAGUUAACUUGAACAUUUCGACAACGGAAACGGAUAUUGCAUCAACAGCCGUAAUUCCAGGAUCAUCUUAUUCAAAAGAACAGAAUCAAAGUUUUCAAACAAACAAUCGAACAAUCAAAUCCAAUUUAAAUCAACCAAGUAGUAGUUCGACAACUGUCCUAUCAACUGCUGUAGAUAAAUUUUCCUUUUUAAAUGUUGAUGAUCUUGAACAACAUGUAACACCUACGGCAACGAUGAAAUAUUCCAAUGAUAAAAACAAAUCGAAUCUAGUUACAGAAGAUAGGUUCCAGACUCCAAAUCAGACAAAAAAUCAAUUUGAUGCAAAUUGGCGACGAUCGAAUAGUUCGGCAAGCAAUAGCUAUGGAAAUAGAAGCCGUUCACGAAACAUUUUGGAUACAUUUGCCUUCCGUAGUCCAAAUCAAUUAACACCAUUUUCAAAUGGAUUACAUAGUAGCAGUAUUAAUCGUCGUCAUUAUAAAAAUCAUAAAUCGGAUUCUAAAUCAGAACUUUUAUCAAAUGAACAUGAAAAUAUGCUAUUCGAUGUUGAUCAUAUUGAUCCAGUAAACAAUCAUAAUCUUAACCAUAAUUCUCACCAUCAUCAUCAUAAUCUGAACAGAAGUUCAUCAUUGGAUAUGAAAUUCGAUGAAUCCUUUUCAUCUACAGCCGUUGAUGAUCCCGAUGAAUCAAAAAUAAUCGUUAUCAAUCCCGGUGUAAAAAAUUCGAUAAAAAAUGGUAUAUCCAAGAACGGAAAUAGUGAAACAUUUGAAAAACCAUUUGUAAUUGUACAAUUUAAUAAGAAUUCAUCGGCUAAAUUAGUCGCAUGAAUUAUCUUGAUUAUACACCUAUCACUGUUAUUUUUGUUCCAAUUGAAACUUUUGAUUUUAAGUAUAUCAAAUCGUAAACGAAAUUCAUUCUAAAAUGAAUGGUUGAUUUAUUAUUUUAAUAUUGU